UUCUACCCUUGCGAGUCGAAGAGCUCUGUUUGCGGAUCACACGGUUCGACAUCGCUCGUGUAGCGAAGUGAUAUUCAGAUAAUUUUUGUGACCUGCUUGAAGUCACGUCCACGCUCGCCUGCUUCAGUCAUCAGCAACCCCGCCUCCUUCCCUUUUCCUCCCUGACCCCCGUCCAUCGGGCACAUGCUUGACCUUCAUGGGCCGUUGACGAGCGAAAGCAUCAACUGCAACCAUGGGUGGUCUCCUGAUGUGGAAGACAGCGCUGGUGGUGCUGCUCCUGGAAGCAGUAACAGUCACUGCGGUAUUUCAGAAACAGGUGUGCGAUCUUCCACCACCUUCAAAAGACUACCCAGAGCCUCCCAAACGCCCCAAUGUGCCGACUACAUUCGAGGUGCACGUGGACUGUAAGAUCACCAACAAAAACAUGUCCACGGAGAUCCACGAGUACUACGACUACAACAACAACCGCGGGCUGCUACAUCAGGUGCAGGACGGCGAGCCUUUCUACCUGUACUACGACUACAACACCAACGAAAUGCUCUCCAUCUUCCCCAACGAACGUAUCUGCUACGCAGACGCUCUCUCAACCGACAAGAACACCUUCCUGUUCGGCUACGAAGGUUCUGGGGGCAAAGGCUACAUCUUCCCUCCAUCCGGGGCCUUACACUUCGAGUUCGACGAUGAAACCUCCGCGUACCUUGGUCCGGGUGUGGUGCGAGGAAUACGGGUGCGCCGCUGGUACGCUUGUCAGUACGUGGACCAGAUGGAUGCCACUGUCAACGUGUACUGGUCAUUCAGCGAUCCGAACAACUGGGACACAGCCGUUGGGUACCCAGAAAUCCCCGUCCGCUGUCAAGUGAAUGGGGUGGCGACUGAAGUCAGACACAACUAUACCCACAAUUUCACUCACACCUACGACUUUCUGCACUUCCAAAACUUCAUUACAAGGCCAGAUGUGUUCGAGACCCCCGAUGAGAUCGUGUGUCCAGGGAGGAAGAACACCAAGGCUUUGCCCUCCUUGCCUGAUGCUUUCUCCUUUACCAUGGAAGCCGUCAGCACUGCCAACCAUCAGGUCACCUUCCUGCGGGAGUGGUACGACUAUCAGAUGCAGUUAGUGCGGCUGGAGUAUAGUCCGGGACCAGCUCAGAUGCUCAAGUACGGACCUCGCCCUCUCACGGAAAUUCACGACUUCAGUACAGGUGUCGCGUACAUCAUGGACCGCGAGCUGGGCAACUGCAGCGUCACGCCCAUAGAGCGCAGCCAGCUGGGUGACGUCGUGCUGUCCGGUGACCUCACCACCGUGCACCUACGGACAGCCCAGCAGUUCUUCUACCUGGACAAAGUCCAGCCCGUCUACCUUGGGCAGAAAACUGUUCGCGGCAUCUCCUGUGACGCGUGGGUCGCCAAUGGCUCCGUCACCAACGCGAGUAGUACGUGGGAAUGGUGCUUCCGAGCGGCCAACUGGACGUCGGUGGAGGACGCACGUGCUCAGACCGGCAGUCCCAGCGGUACACCUGUCCAGAUGAAGCUGUUGCUGGCAGACGCCCAGUACGACUUCAACUUCUACCACUUCGUGCGAGCCGAUCCUGAUGUCCUGCGUUACGACGUGUCCUCUUGCUUCACGUCCACCCGGCGCCGGAAGUUUGACUUUGCUGUCUCAGGUCAGUUUGCUGCAACUGUCCAGAAAAACCUCCGGCAAUUUAGAGUUGCUGUACAAAAUGCCAUCAUCAAAGUAACGGGUUUGUCCCCUCUAAGGAUUGUAGAAAUUCAGGUGGUAUACUUGAGUGACGUACACAUACGCGUAACGCUACUGGACAAACCCAAAAAUAACCGGUGACGUCGCCCAGGUGCGUGCGCAGCCAGAACUGGACGCUGCUGCAGAUGCGCUCGCUAGUGCUGUUCGUGGCAACUCUCUUGUCAUUCAGGACAAGGCCCAGGCGGACAGAUAGGUAGCAUGACAGUGCUGUCCACCAGUCUGGUCGAGUACUGGGUGGUCAGCCAGCCUUCCUCCAGCACUGCAACCUACCCAAACGACAGCCACGGCGUCCGGGACAAGGGCUCCGCUGAGCAGCCAGGACACUGGAAGUGAUCGGUACUCACCAGAGACCAUGGGAGGCGUCGGUUUCGGGACCCUGUCCUUUGGUCUGAUCUUGGGAACCAUCACGGCGUUCAUUUACCUCAGGAAAACAGGCCGACUGUUAGUACAGGCAAGCACUGACCACUGACUGCCCAUGACGUCAGCGGAAGUCCCUGUUGGCGUCCGUACGUGCCCGGCACGUACCCUGGACAAGACAUUCUAACAGAACGUUGAAUUAACGAAGACUGAGCAGACUGCUUGUAAUGGAGCCAUUCACGAACAGUUUGAUGACAGUAAUUUUGUGACUGUGAUUUCGUAGACGUUAACUGACUGUCUAUGACAAGAUGGUGCGACACAGUUCCAGAGGACAGAAGAGGCAAGAGGAAGGACGUGUAUCAAGUGGUUUCUCUCGGCCCCUUCAAACCGAGCUCACUACAACAGCAACCACUAGAUGUGCGCUUGGUUUUCUUUCCCCUCCAUUGUUGGACCGCCGCUGAAAUUUAUUUAAAUUCUGAGUUCUCUCAGAAAUAUAUCUAAAUGCUGGGUUGCCUGGUUUAUCUAAAUGAUUGUCUCAUUCAUGUGUUACACUAGUCUAUAUCUUUGCCGCUUUACAACCUGCAGUAAUUGAUAAUAAAUACAUGAUGUUGAAA